AUGUUGCGGUUUGGCUUUAUUUCUCUUCAAAGCUCACAAUUAUUAUUUGGACAAUUAAAACGAUUCUCAAUUUCUGUUUCUACCGUGUCUUCUAAUUUGAAUACUGGCCAUGUUCAGAGUAUACCUCGAUCUAAAAUUGAAUUUCUUGCAAAGAUGCUAUUUAUGCCCUCUCAGAGUCCUCCGGACAGCCGUCUUCUUAAAAUUGCUGUUCUUGGAUAUCCGAAUGCAGGAAAGUCUUCCCUUGUAAAUAUGCUUGCAAAUUGGCGAGUUUGUGCAGUUUCUGGAAAAGCUCACACAACUCGUUCCAAGCAAACUGUCGUAUUUACCAAAGACAACAUCCAAUUAGCUUUUGUCGACCUGCCUGGCCUUGUUUCAGCUCGUCAAGUUCGACAAUUCAAACUGGAACGUACCUUUAUUCGAGAUCCUCAUUCAGCCAUAUUCGAUGCCGAUUUAAUAGUAGAUGCUUCAAAUAAAUACGCAAGGCUGGCGUUAGACCCGGAGCUCUUGAAAGCCCUUCACUUUUUCCCUGAAAAGGAAUCCAUCUUAAUUUUGAACAAGAUUGACAAGUCUCGAGGGGAUCAUUGUCGUCUUUUGGAUAUAACUCGACGUCUAACUGGGGGAGUUGUUGGUGUAGCAGAACUGGGUACUAAACUCCUUUCCCAUUUAGACUCUUUUGUCAAUAAGUAUAUUGAAAGGACCAAAUUGGGAGAUAGUUGGUCAAAGAUGCAUCGCAGUAUUGAGGACAUUGUUUAUCCUUUGCUCCCAUCAGAAGCACACGAGGCUGCUCAAGCGAGAUUAGAGCAUGUUGAAAAAAUUAUGGCUCUCAUUUCGCCUCCUAUUCAAAUUGAAUCUCUUCCGAAAUCGAAAAUCGAAUCCAAGGCGGUUGAAGAUGUUAAAUAUCUUACGUCGUCGUCGUCGUCAGAAAAUCAAAAUGAACUUGCUCAGCCUUUUCCGGUAUCCGAGGCAUCAAACGCAGAACUGACAUCCGGUGAAAUUGGACGGGAAACAGAAAUUCCGCCUAAAAGUAUUCUGGAAAGUGGUACGUCAUCAACUUUAGCAUCAUUAAUUCUUUUUUGUUUAAAGCUUGCUAAGUUAGUCUUGAUAUAUAUAUAUAUGUCGUAUAAUCAUUAA